AUGCAAGCGGCUCUUGAAGGACUCCAUCGGGACGGAGUUGUGACAUUUAAGUCACCUGUUCAUCUUGCACUCGUUGGUCACGUCAACUCGUACCUGGAUAAGAUGCAAGGCCUGGUAAUUAAACAUAAUAUCAAGUCUUUCAAUCUUGGAGUGGGGUAUUUGUAUUCCCCUAGGAUUCGCAAAUGCUGAUAUGGGGGAAGGAAUGUGCUUUUGGGAUCUCUGGCAAAGGACAAUGAAUAUCUUUAUAUGUUUUAUGGUGAUGUCUCCUUUCUGUUUUCCUCUAGAUUGUGAACGUGUAGGUUCUACUGACCGAACUGGAACCUUUUUAGUGGUGAUAAUAUGA